AUGUGGCUUCCCAGGGCCGACGAUGCUGGGCCCAGUGCUGGAUACGCUGGGGCAGCUCUGCUAUUUGCUACGCUGGUUCAAUGGCUGUCCUCCCAAGACUCUGAACUUGACACAGAGAUCUUGUGCUGGGCUUUCCUGCCGGUCUUGAUCAAGUCCCUGAGCCAGCCACAGCCUAAAUCGCUGUUGAGACCAGUAGUCUCCGGCAAGGCUAGGGGGGCAUCGUCAUCGCCAUACUCAUUGUGGAUUGUAGCCGUGAGCGCUGCUAUUUAUUCACUUUUCAAGUCGGAGAUUGGAUUAAUCCAAUUUUUGCCUGCACUGACUCCUCUGCUCUUGGCGGUUCAAAAUUACCUUGGAUCCGCCUCAAGGCCUGCUGGCUUAUUUUCCCCUUUGGUGAGCAGCAACUGGGGUGCCAUUCUGGCUGCUUCUUUUGGUGUUCUCACAUUCUCGAAUUGGAGCGUGGACAUUGUCUUUUUUGGAUUAAAUUCAACCGGCAUCAUCAGAACCUUUUUCCUGGCUUUUAUCAAGGCCUUGUCCUGGUUUUUUGUUAUCCAAGUGGCUCGAGAUGCUUCUUGGAUUGUUGCUCCUCUGAUCACCACAUUUAGUAUCUCUUUCACUACUAAUCCAACAAAUGAAUCAUCGGACUUUCAGGCUGUGGCCUACACUUUAGUUUCCGUCAUCACUCUCGGCCAACUAGUCGCUCUGUUACCGAAACAAGCAAAAUUCAGGCUUGUGUUAUGGCUGUUUGGCCUCGCAUCAAUUAUACCCCUUUUAUCCAACCUCUGGAUGAUUCGCGAUGCGCAGCAAUCGGCGAAAAUAUUUGGCCCUGAGCGAGAGCACCCCGUCGAGAGCCUUGUACGCGGCGGCAAGGCCAGCUUUAAGAGUCUUAUCAAGACCCAGUCCAAGUCUUACAAGGAGGCUGUCGAACAAUACCAGCUCCGAUACGAUGCUGAACCGCCGCCAGGUUUCGAAGCUUGGUAUAAGUUUGCAGUUGACAAUGAAUCCCCUAUAAUCGACGAUUUUGACGCAAUCCAUCAUGCCGUGUCACCAUUUUGGAAACUCAGCGGGAAAACAGUGACUGAGACUAUGAGCCAGAUUCACUUCGCGCAAAACAGUGAAAUGUGGUUCUGCAGUUUCAACGGUGAAUCUGCCAUCUCGGACUGUGCGCAUGCUUAUCGAGUUUUCGAUAGACAUCUCAAGGUUCUGCUCGAUACGCUGUUCCAAGGACUAAAUGGCGCUCUUCCCGACGUCAAGUUUCUGGUGAAUCAUUUUGAUGAGCCGCGGGUAUUAAUACCGACGUGGGGAGCAGAAGAGGCCCGUAACCAUCCGCAGUUUAACAUCACCAGCAUGUCCCAUCAACCUAUUUGGGGCGAGAUCACAAAAUUUUGUGCGUCCAAGGAUAAAAGCAAGAAAGCAAAGACACAGUCUUCGUCGCAAGCGUUUGAUCUACCGUUUGUCAUAGAUCAAUCCUCUGCCAUGGAUCUCUGUGAACACCCAGAGUAUCGCAAUAUGCACGGCCUCUUCAUGAGCCCCGUGUCCUUUUCGCUUGUCGAGGGGUUUGUCCCCGCUCUCUCGACCGGCUCGCCUUCGACAAUGGGCGACAUUUUACUCCCGAGUCCUGCAUACAUUGAGGGAGAGUUUAUAUAUGACGACUCAAAAGAGGUCGGCUGGGAUGAAAAGCGUAAUAACCUCUACUGGGCUGGAUCCACGACUGGCGGGUUUGCCACAGAUGCAAACUGGGUAAAUUACCAGAGGCAACGAUUUGUGAAGCUGGCACAAAACAUUGAGCGACGAGAAUUUUACUAUUUGCGAGAGAUUGGCGGUGUAAUCCAGCGCGUUGCGUCAACGUUUCUGAACGGUCGACUCUUUGACGUCGCCUUUACCAGGAUAUUCCAGUGCGACAGGAAAUAUUGCAGAGAUCAGAAGAGGUUCUUCAAGGUCGGUGGCUGGGCAGACAAGGACAAAGCACUCAAGUCACGUCUAGUCUUUGAUCUAGAUGGAAAUGGUAUUAGUGGUCGCUAUUACAAGCUGCUCGCAUCAAAGUCGGCACCGAUGAAGCAAACGCUGCUCAGAGAAUGGCACGAUGAUCGUCUCGUUCCCUGGGUUCAUUACAUCCCAGUUAGCCAAAGCUUGGAAGAGCUCCCCGAGUUGGUGUUUUAUUUGACAUCAACCGAGGCUGGACAAAACAGGGCAAAAGAAAUUGCAGAGCAAGGUCGAGAUUGGUUCUUUAAGGCGCUGAGGGAAAAAGACAUGGCAGUGUACAUGUAUCGUCUAUUAUUGGAGUUGGCGAGGCUACAGGACCCGAGCAGAGAGGCAGGAUUUCCUGCAACCCACUAG